AUCCAUCUAUCUCUUCAAAACAAAUUUCAAGACUGUGGUGGCUACCUAUAUAUAGAAAUAGAAUCAUGUAAUUCAUAAACAUGACAAAUAAAAUGGAAGAGGAGCAUAAGGGAGGUGAAGAAGUAAAGUACAGGGGUGUAAGGAGAAGGCCAUGGGGAAAAUAUGGAGCAGAGAUUAGAGACCCUACAAAGGCAACUGGAAGACAAUGGUUAGGAACGUUUGACACAGCUGAGGAAGCUGCUAGAGCUUAUGAUUGUGCUGCCAUUCGUUUGAGAGGUGCUCUUGCAAUUCUGAACUUUCCUGAUGAAUACCAUUUACAUCUUUCUUCUUUAUCGCGCUCGUCGUCAUCGUCGUCGUCGUCGUCUAAUGUUGCCAUUGGCAGCAGUUCUUCUAGACAGCAAAAUGAAAUUAUUGAGUUUGAGUAUUUGGAUAACAAGGUGUUGGAAGAUCUUCUUGGAUCAUCGAAAGAAGAGAAUGAAAGGGAUGAUGAUUAA